CCAGCCUCUUCGUCGCCACUUCUCGGAGGUGCAAGCUGAUAAGUUAGAAAUGCAAAACAAACAGCUUGCAAGAGGAAAGCAUCGCAGAGACAAGAACGAGUCGCGCGCAUAACGAGUCUAACGUCGGCCGCUGAAACAAGGAGAAAGGAGAAGAGGAGGUCGGAGUGGCCUUGCCCCCUUCUCUCACCUUCCUCGCCGCAGAUGUCUCCCUCCUCUCUCACGGCGGUAGUUCUCCGUUACACCGACAACCCUCGCCCCUUCCCCGCACCUUCCGAAGCCGCAGCCGUCGUCUUCGCGUAUCGCGGCGCGCAGCGCGCCAUUCAAAGCCAGGCCUGCGGGCAUCGCCGACGCGUCUUCUUGUAAACGCGCCCCUCCGACGCUUCUCCUACCCUUACCCGCCCAAAACCAGAACCAGCAAGAGGCGUCGCUCGAAGCAUCGGGCAGAAGUGCAGUAGACGCUCGCGCAUAUUGCUGCCUCCUCUUCCGUUCCUCGUAAGAGUAUCCACCUCCGUUCCGCAUACCACGCAGCGUACUGCGCGCGAAGACGGCAUCGGAUCGCCUUAUUCGAUUUGACCCCAACCCCGUGACCCGGAAAAGCCAGAUUCGAGAAGAAGACAUCGAAACCCAUUCCUUUCUUCGACAAGGUGGACACACGAUCAGGCUGCCGUGGAUAGUGCGGGAAAUACCGGCGGCUACGUCGACUCAGCAUCACCGGAGGACGCUGCCUUAACAUUUGCAUAAGUGCACCGCGGCGCCAUAAGUGCUCGUGGUGGGAGUGAGGUGUGUGCUGCAGCCCCCCAUCACCGACCUGGUUACUCACGUCGACGUUCUCCUUCGAACUCCUACCGGCCUGAUAUGGACAUUUGCCACGGUUGCUAAAUAAGAUCCACAAACAGGCAUCCCUUAACAGGUUUCCAAUUGCAAUGGGUGGUCGUAAGCAGCCGGCAGGUGCAUCGCCUAUCAUCAGUCUUCUCUUCAUCACAGCUUGCACUGGUCAGCAGCUGAAUGCUGUAGAAACCAAUGGAGUGUUCUUUUCAGGACUCCCUAGAGCUCCAUCGGAAAUCAAUGCCAUCACCGCGAAAGGGGCCGACAUUUCAGGAAACACACUCGGAAGAGGAUUCCUCGAGAAAUUCACUACACCAAAUCCCCUGAAAUCUGGGUCGACACCGUCCGACUUCCGAUUUAAUUCGGCAAAACCGGACAACCGUUUUGUCAUGCUUCCAGCGUCUGGCCCAAGAACGCCAUCAAAUUUCGUGACAAGGCUGACGUUCUUUACCGACAGCCCUCCGCGACCGACUUCAGCACCUCGAGUGCUUGUACCGACAACUCCAGGACCCGCGCCACCACCACCACCGCCACCACCGCGGCCGCCAGCACCAUUCCGGCCUCCGACGUUCGCACCAACCACACCUCAGUCAGCACCGCAAAGGCCGACGAACUUCAGACCGGUGACACAGCGUACGACGACCCUGCGACCUGCGACACUGAGGCCUACUACUCAAAGACUUACGACGGAGAGGUUUACAACUCAGAGGCCUACGACACAAAGACCCACGACACAAAGGCCUACGACGGAUAGGCUCACGACCCAGAGGCCCACGACACAGAGGCCCACGACACAGAGGCCCACGACACAGAGGCCCAAGACACAGAGGCCCACGACACAGAGGCCCACGACACAAAGACCCACGACAUUGCGGUUAACGACGGCAAGGCUGACGACUCUGAGACCGACGCUACCGAGCCAGACGACGCCAAGGCCUACAACACAAAGGCCGACGACUCAGAGACCCGUGACGCAGAGGCCUACAGUGCCGAGACCUGCGCCAUCCUUGAGACCUACGAUUCUGCAGGAGUUGCCGCCUACUCCAAGGCUCGCUUUCCGGCCGGGCACUUUCCAGAACACAGUUUCCAAUGGGAGACAACCGACACCAUUUUUCCCCAUCAUCACGUCUCCACCAUCCCAACGUCCGCCAACUGCAAUUUUUACAACGCGACAACCAACUCCAUUUUCCCCCAUCAACUCUGCACCACCUCCGCAGGUCGCCGAAAGGUCUUUCAAUGCCAUCAACACUGCUCGUCCCUCCAUUCCAGUUCCUACGACGACGACGAGGAGACGUAUUUUUGUGCCAGCUAGUGCUCUGAGCUCCGGCACGCUGCCAACAACAACGACAUUACGACCACCAACUCGACUUGCAACGCUCAACUUGGGGACGGCGUUCUCGACGUUCCGACCAGCGACAAGACCGACCACGCCAGCUCCGACGGGUACCGGUUUCUUAUUCUGCGACCAAAGGCAGUGCGUGAAGACGUGCCGUGAGCGCUUUGGCGAGAAACUGAACUCUUCCACUUGCCUGGCGAACGCGUGCAAGUGCGAGGUUACCCAAACGUGCAGCCCAUCACUGUGCCUUCAGAUGUGCCGCAAGAACAAUCCCGGCCAAGAGAUCCUCUCCGCUGGAUGUCAAGGGGAGAACUGCAGAUGCGCCCUUAACCAGCCCUGCGAACCGGCCGAGUGCCGUCGUCGGUGCCUCCUGGCGCAUGGGGACAAGCUCAUCUCGGCCGACUGCGCUGUCAGGAACGCUUGCCAGUGCGUCCACAGUUAGGACGGCGUAUCUGGCGCUGAAAGGAGAACAGUGCCUAAAUCUGGACUUCCAAGAGACCUCAUUAAGGUGCACAGAAUGGUCACCUGUCGCAGCCGACAAGACUCUUUUACGGCGGCAACGUCUACGCUGUCAAGAUAAGAUUGCCAUCGCCAUCGUGUCACGACAACGUAAUCAGUAGCUAGCGAUCAGAAGUCGUUUGAAAUGAACAAAGAACGUGAAUUGCUAGGUUCCUUUUUGUUUUUACGGCAUGUUAACAAUAGAACGGGCGCUCGGGAAACGCCUCUACAUUAGAAAAAAUUCUUGCUUACGUUCUAACAUAUGAUGCUCUAAGAGCUUAAAGUAACAUAUUCUGGAUUUCCGAGUAUACUGUGACAUAGGAAAACAUAGGACAUGGCAAUGGUCUAUGGUGACCUUAUAAAUGCAAUAAUGUUCAGUUUUCGCAGCCACAACCUUGACCGUGCAUCGAGUCGUCGAAGGUGUGCCUCUAAAAAUUAAUGAAAAGGAGAACGGUAUUGUGCAGUCUGCAUUCGGCACUGGCGGCCACUUCGGAAGCUUUAAGCUGUGCUGCUUGGCAGAGUUCAUUCAAUCAUACCUUUCAGCAUCAACGUAACAAGAAUUUCUGCUCUGAUUCGACUGACAUUACGCCGGAACACCUCCCGUCACUUCAUUGAAUGUCAUGUGAUACUUCUCAUCAAACAAGAGCGCGUGGUUCAUCAGAAUUAUUGUCAAGCCUACAGUUUUUAUGGCGAGAAAUUUUAAUUUCUGUUAUUUUACGAAGAACGGCAGAUUUUGUGAAAGUGUGUAGCAAUCUGAGCUGUUUUUCGCGUUGUUUCAUGUUGAAAUAAAAACAACAAGAGUUCAUA